AUGUGUUUCCGCUGGAAGGUUCUGGUCUUGCUUGUCUUUCUCUUCCACAACAACCUGAGUUAUCUGCCGGACUGUUCGCCCACCUGUUCCUGCUCCCUCACCGAGAUCUUCUGCAAUAAGUCCGACAGCAGCCAGUUCUUCACGCCGCUGUCCUUCCAAGGCUCAGGAAGCUCCGGGAACAGCAGCGGGAAUAUCGAGGAGCUUUUCCAGAACAUCACCAGCAUACACAUUGAGAACUGGACAGGUCUGCAGACAUUGAAGGAAGUGGAUAUGGGGCUUUUCCAUGGUUUACAGAGGCUAACAAUUACACGGAGCAAACUGCAAACCAUCCAGACUCAUGCUUUCUCCAAAAAUCCUGAGCUACGAUACAUAGAUUUGUCCAAGAACCCCUUGCUUAAAGCACUAUCCUGGCACAUCUUCAAACCUCUGCAGCUCUCAGAAUUGCAUUUAGAGGAGGUGGUGUUUACCUGUGGCUGUGAGAUUCGCUGGCUGCAGCUAUGGCAACAGAGAGGAGAGGUGGGACUUAGCAGCCAGCAGUUAUACUGUGUCAGUAACGGCACGAAUAUACCACUCCAGGAUAUGAACAUCAGCAACUGUGAUAUGCCAGUUGUCAGAGUCAGCCACAGCCACCUAACUGUUGUGGAAGGUGAUCGAGUUACAACGAUCUGUAACGGUUCUGGAUCCCCACUGCCUGAUGUGGACUGGCCUGUCACCGGCUUAAACUCCAUCACUUCACAAGAGACUACCCUUUACAACAACAGUAUUCACUCCAUCAACAUAACGUUGGUCAAUGUGAACAGUAAGGACAACAACUUCCUGCUAACAUGUACGGCCACCAACAUCGUGGGAAUGAGCAGCGCUUCCAUUAAUCUGACUGUGCACUUUCCUCCCACCAUUGAGAAGCUGAAUGAGCCAGAGCGCCGCCAUGACACGUGCAUCGAGUUUACUGUUCGUGGUUCGCCCCACCCCACCUUAAGAUGGUUCCACAAUGAUAAGGAAAUCUUCCACACUAAGUAUGUGAGAUCCGAUAUGGAUUUUUACAAGGAUGACAUAGAAGGAUGUCUAACUUUUAAAAAUCCAACACACCACAAUAACGGGAACUACACGUUGGAGGCAACCAACUACCUGGGUGUGGUCAGCAAAACCAUUUAUGGCCACUUCCUCGACAAGCCUGACUCAAACGACAGUAAUUUAUUGUCUUUUCCAGUAACUCCAGCAACGCCAACUACAGAGAAUCAGAAACCUCAGGAAGAUACAUUUGGGGUUUCCAUUGCCGUUGGCCUCACAGGAUUUGCUUGUGUGGUGCUGGUGGUUUUCUUCCUUCUUGUCAGCAAGUAUGGACGAAGAUCAAAGUUCAGCAUGAAGGGUCCAACAGCAGUGAUGAGUGGUGAGGAGAACUCGACCAGCCCUCUUCAUCAUGUGAACCACGGGAUUAUCAGCCCCUGUAUGUUGGAUGUUGGACCAGAUGCUGUGGUGAUUGGAAUGACCAGGAUCCCGAUAAUAGAAAAUCCACAGUACUUCAGACAUGGACACAACUGCAACAAGCCAACCACCUAUGUUCAGCAUAUUAAACGGCGGGACAUCAUUUUAAAGAGGGAACUCGGAGAAGGAGCUUUUGGCAAAGUUUUCUUAGCAGAAUGUUACAACCUAAGUUCCACCGAAGACAAGAUGCUGGUGGCUGUGAAGACUCUGAAGGAUCCGACACUGGCAGCCAGGAAGGACUUCCAGCGUGAGGCGGAGCUGCUGACGAACCUCCAGCACGAGCACAUAGUGAAGUUUUAUGGCGUCUGUGUGGAUGGAGACCCUCUCAGCAUGAUCUUUGAGUACAUGAAGCAUGGAGAUCUCAACAAGUUUCUGAGAGCUCACGGGCCAGACGCCAUGAUCCUGGUGGAUGGGCAGCCUCUUCAGACCAGCAGCGAGCUGGGUCUGUCCCAGAUGCUUCACAUCGCCAGUCAGAUCGCAGCCGGAAUGAUCUACUUGGCGUCCCAACACUUUGUGCACCGUGAUCUGGCGACGAGGAACUGCUUGGUGGGGAACGGCCUGCUGGUGAAAAUUGGAGAUUUUGGCAUGUCCAGAGACAUUUACAGCACAGAUUAUUACAGGGUGGGGGGUCACACUAUGCUGCCUAUCCGCUGGAUGCCCCCAGAGAGCAUCAUGUACAGGAAGUUCACCACAGAGAGCGAUGUGUGGAGCUUUGGAGUCAUUCUGUGGGAGAUCUUCACGUAUGGCAAGCAGCCGUGGUUUCAGCUUGCCAACAAUGAGGUGAUAGAGUGUAUUACUCAGGGCCGGGUACUGGAACGCCCCAGACUCUGCCCCAAGGAAGUCUAUGACAUUAUGCUGGGUUGCUGGCAAAGAGAGCCCCAGCAGCGACUCAACAUUAAGGACAUUCAGAAGAUGCUGUUUACCCUGAUGAAAACCACACCAGUGUAUCUGGAUAUACUAGGAUGAAAAUGGGACACAAAGGUAGCGAAGGGGGACGCAGUGGAGGUGUUUGGACUUAGAAGCAUGUGAAAGGGAUAACCCACAGACAGGCUGCAAUGGAAGAAGUUACUUACAUGUUCUGGUGACAUACAGUAUCUCACAGACAUGAGUACACCCCUCGCAUUUUUGCAAAUAUUUCAUUAUA